CCAAAUCUCCAUCACGACGCGCGUCGGCGCUAUCUAGGUGGAGGUCUUACGAAACGGUUCGAUUCAUAGAGGUGGAAGGAUGGAAGCACUUUUGCGCAUCACCCACGUGGCUACUACGGCUGCGUGGCGACGCGGUACUAUUCAAUUGCCCAACCGCCGGGAACGUUGAUGCUACCGCUAUCUUCCUCCCCGUCACUCUACACGUUCUCCACAUCGGUUCCUCGUCUCCGAGAUAAGUCAUCGGCACAGCUGAGCAGUCUAUCGCCAGCUCGCCCGCACCGACUACAGGCUUCGCGCAUUCUCGCCUCCCCCCACUGACGGUCCCACCGCCAUGCGGUUUGGCUCAGUCGCCGCCCUCGUGGGCCUCGUAGGCUCGCUGCCGGCCAUGGCAUAUCGAGUGGCAAUCAAGGAUACGGACAGCUUCCGAGAGGUUUGCUCGGGAAUGUUCGGCGGCAACAAGGCAUACGUUGAGCUCGCGUUUGACGAGCACGCCGUUGGCCAAGUCGCGCUCGUCAUGUAUGAGUACUCGGACUCGGAGUAUAUCGGCCGGCAGCCGCCUGAUGACGGGAGCUGGCAGCCAAAAACAUAUAUCUGCACCACGACAACAGUACGCGCCGGGAUAUGUACCACUGCGCAGUUGGGUACCUUCCUUACCACAUUGCCUGAGGGCAAGGAGCUGAAGGACACCUCCAUUUACACCUCCGCGCUGCGCUUCGACCCCCAAAAUGCCGCAGUCGGGGGCACGGGCGGUGAUGCCGCUCCUGCCGCGGGCGUCGAGGCUGAAGAGGGCAAGGGCGACAGCAAGAAUACUCGCCGUCAGGAUGACGAGGAAGUCGACGACGUCGCUGAGCCCGAGACCUACACUGGCCAGCCUGCUGAGAGCCCGCCUACCGACGAGUCGGAAUCAGCAGGUAACUCGCCGGCGCAGGGCGAGUCCGGGUCGACCGUCGGUUCCCCGGCCGAGGGUUCAUCAGAUGGCAGCUCGCAUGGCCAGGGAGGAACCAACGCUAUUCCGCCCACCAACAGUGGUGACGGCGUCGAGGUUGGCAGUGACGUCCCGGUCUACACGAAGCCGAUCCGCAUGGAUGUUCCCAAGACCGGCUACUACUGCGUCGCCGUCAUUCCGGUCACUCUUGUUACCAAGGAUCGCCGUGACCUUGAGGUGCGCAAGAACAUUCACGCUGAGUACGAGGGCGUCAUCACAUUCCGGAACCAAUUCGACGGUGAGCUUCCUGCCGUCGAGUAUCCCAAAAUUGCAUUUUACGGCGUGCUUUCGGUGGUCUACAUUGUCCUCGCAAUCGGGUGGGGCAUUCUCUGCGCCAAACACUACCAAGAGCUGCUGCCGAUGCAGUACUACAUCUCGGGGACGAUCGUCUUCCUCGUCAUUGAGAUGAUUGCGUUGUUUACGUACUACCGGUACAUCAACAAGCACGGCGGCGGAGCAGGAUCGAUUGCGUUCCUCAUUGUCAUCUCGAUUUUGAACGCUGCACGCAAUUCGCUGUCGUUCUUCCUCCUCCUUAUUGUUGCUAUGGGCUUGAGCGUCGUCACCCCGUCCCUCGGCCCGGUAAUGAUGCGCGUAUGGCUUCUCACCGCCUUCCACUUCAUCUUUGGCGUCACGUAUGCGAUUGGCACGGUCAAGGUCGAACUAGACUCGGCCAGCAUUAUCAUUGUGCUGCUCAUGAUUUUCCCGCUCUCGUUCACGCUCACGGCCUUCCUGAUGUGGAUCAUUGUCAGUUUGAACGGCACGAUCUUGCAUCUUCAGCAGCGAAAGCAGAACUUCAAGCUCUCCAUGUUCCAGAGUCUGUAUCGCAUCCUGGUCAUUGCGGUGAUUGCUGUCGCGGCAUUCUUCGUCCUUUCGUCAAUCUCAUUGUCUAAUCGACUGGACGAGGACUACGCUCCACGCAACUGGCGCUGGCGAUGGAUUCUGCUGGACGCCUCGCUCUCGCUCAUCUACCUCUCGGCUUUUGUGGCGAUCGCCUGGCUCUGGCGGCCGACUGAGAACAACGUCCGCUUCGCAAUGUCCCAGGAACUCGCCCAGGACGAAGAAGACGCGGAAGACUACGAACUUGGCCCACACGACCCCGACGCCGUACAGUCUGGCGGGUCGGUUUUCCCGGGCCUCGACAGGCGUGACGAGGGGCUUGCACUCCCUGGUCUGCUGCCGCAUGACGGGAGAGAACACGUCCACGGCGAGCGUCACAGCGGUGACGAGCACGAGCGCGAACGCCUCUUCGACGCCGAUGCUGCAGAACGGGACAGCCCUCGUGGAUCACGCCCUGGCUCGGGCGGCGAGGGGUACCGCGUUCCGGGCUCAGGCUCCGGCUCAGGCUCAGCCUCUCGCUCGGGAUACGCGCCGCACACGAACGACGACAAUGUCGUGUUUGCAAUGGGGGACGAUAGCGACGACAGCGACGCUGAGUCGGGCAAGUUGCUCACGCGCGUGUCGCUCAACUCGAGCCGCGGUGGAAGCCGACGCAACUCGCAGUCGGGGAGGUACAAGGACAAGGCGGACUAAGUAGUGAGCACGGCAUGCAUCUUUAGAGCACAGCGUCGUGCGCCAGUUCGCGAGCUGUGAAGGGGCAGUGCGGAGAAUGGCCGUGGGAACAUCGGCUCGGGGAGUCGGGCCAUAGUCGAUUGUCGAACUGUCGGGAAAGUUUGAAAUGGGAGAACGCUAUCGCCGAGGAUCCUUCGGCGUCCGGGCGCCGAUCGCCGGUGGCUCGGAGGGGCUUGUCAGAAGUAACGCCAGGUUGACUUGGUGCCCAGUGAUUUCUGGACAAUGUGGACGAGGAAAGACGA